GGUUGAUAUAUAAAUGAAGUCUGCGAGAAAUAGAAGGAAAAGCCAGAAGAAACAGAGCACGAAACAAGAACGUAAGAGAAGAGCUAAGUUUGAGAGCUCAAAUAGAGAAGAUACAAGAAAAGCAGCAGACAUGAAAUGGCUUCUUCCACUGGGAAGAAGUAAUAGAGGAAGUGGCGUCGAAAAGGCAAGAAAGUGUCGCCGAAGCUUAGUACUCCAUUGACACUUGGGUACAUAUAGAAAUACCUAGAGGAGGUGAAUCUAACACCCAUGGUUAGUAAGGUAGAGUGGGGGCAUGAAAAGAAGAAUAAUAUUUUAAUAAUAUGGUUUUGCCAAAUGUAUGUUUCAUUCAACUGAUUCAUUACAACCUAUAAAGAUAAUACAUUUAGAUUACAAAUAAUUAUUUAGUGUUGCAUAAGAAUAAGUUUAAAUAAACAAAAAGCGAAAUUUCGGACUGGUUUAAAGCGGAAGAUUUUCGAAUAAAUAAACGAUUAUAAAUAAGGUCAUGCAGUCCGAAAUUUCGCACACCAGUUUCUUUUCAACAGCUGUCGAUACAAGAUAAAAGUUUUAAAAGUUUAUUAAGUUGAUACAGUUAAGAAUGCUUGGAGAUUUUCAGAAAAGAAAUCAUUUUAACAUCUGACAUUUUUGUCCCACUCGAUCGUGCUUAGUUGACGCAACGAGCCUGAAGACGGAAAUAGUAUUUUCCGAAACCGGUAGUUAAGAACAAAUAAAUUAAUUUCUUCGAAUUUUUUACAUUUUACAUAGUUAAGUUCAUACUUAAGCAUAUAUAAUUUGCACGUAACGUUUGUGUCUAACCCAGUGUUAUGUAUUCGUCAAGUUCUUUUAAGAAGCUGUUUAAACCAAAGUUAUUCAACAUUUCUGUAAGUUAUAUAAUUUCUUUAAAAUAUAGUAAAGCAACAUGUGAUGUUCAACCUUUUAUUCCAUAUGAAAAAGAUUCAAAAAAAAUAACCCCCAAAGAGAUGGACUAUUUUUUAAAAAUGUUUCCAUCUAUAAUCGACGUUUUCGACGAUGACAUAAAAGCGAGAAAUAUACCAGAUAUAGAAAUGUCGUUUAAAAAUGUUUUAAUAAAAAAUGUUCCGAAAGGAAUGAAAAACAGAGCUCGAUCAUUUUUACACAUUUAUAAAAAUGUUGAAAAUCAUCAACAUAUAAGUCCAAGAAAAACUCGUUUAUCUUAUAUUUUGGGUUGGUGUCUAGAAAUAAUUCAAGCUACCUGUGUCAUAGUUGACGAUAUGCUAGACGAUUCUAAGUAUAGAAGAGGAAUGAAAUGUUGGCAUCAACACGAAUCUGUCGGUCAACGAGCAUUCAUAGAUGCUCUUCUCUUAGAAAAUUUCGUUUUCCUCAUUUUACAAAAACAUUUUUCUCAACUUCCAAUUUACGUUCCAAUCGUACACUUGUUUCAAGAAACUAUAAGAAAGUUGGAGUACGGUGAAAUUCUUGAUUCGAUGGCCUUAAAAAAGAAUAACCCCAACUUAAAAAGAUUUAAUCUAAAUUAUUAUCAAUCUAUAGUUUACUACAAAACUACGCCAUCGAUUAUUGAACAGCCUUAUAAUUUAGCAAAGAUUUUAAGUAAUAACUUUCAAACACCAAUUUCGAAGAUUAUAGAAAAAAUUAUGAUCAAAAUCGGGGAGUUUUAUCAAGUACAAAACGAUUUUUUGGAUUGUUAUGGUGAACAUGAUAAAUUUAAAACUAGCAAUGAUAUUCAAGAAGGAAAAUGUUCAUGGUUAAUUGUAACAGCAUUGGAAAAAGCGAAUUUGCAACAAAAAAAGUUGUUGGAAAAUCACUACGGAAGAAAGGAACCUGAAUCUGUUCAGAUUGUUAAGGAUUUAUAUGAAGAAAUUAACAUACCUAAAGAAUACGCUAAAAGAGAAUGGGAAUUUUUUGAAUUUAUUAAUAAUAAUAUUGAUGUAGUUUCCGCAAUUAGCGAUUAUGAAUCUAUCUUUAAACGCUUACAGUAUUUGUAUGAAAAGUAUAUUUAAUACUGAAAAUUUAUUAUAAUUAAAGUAAUAAUGUAAAACUAAAGAGGUGUUUUGGAAAUUGCACAGCAUUAUUUUGGGUGUGUAUUCUCUACCACGAAAUAAAUAAUAUGGUAAACGUA